AUGCUUUGCAAUUUUCUUCUCAUUGAAUUUUUUGCCAUAAUUUUUACUUUUGUUAAUGGGUCACAUUUUCUUGGUGGCACCAUAAUUUGGCAUCCCCUUAAUUCUUCAGCUACUGGAUCACCUGUUGCGAUUGUUAUUACACAAACCUAUUCGUGGACAUGGACAGCGGACCCAUGCUCAAACACUGAUAUGGCUAACAGUCAUCCCGUUCCUUUCAUCACAAAUUACGCUGGUAUCAGUAAUACAUUAAAUUGUGUUCUUAAUUGUGGCACAGCUAUUGGAUUUGUUGCUCCAAACAUCUGGUCCUAUUGCACUGACUUUUCUACAGUAGAAAGCACUACUGUUGGUCAACGGUCCGAUAUCGUCUAUAUUAACACAGGUGAGGAUUUCACUGUGGCAUUCUCAAGUACUGCAUGGCGCCCAUUAGCUACUGCUGGAUCAGCAGACUGGUCUCUAGCAUCCCACAUUAUCUUAACACCAAGAUCUGAUAACGGUCUUUAUAAUAAUGCUCCUAGUCAACCAAAAGCUAUUAAUAUACCAAUAAGUGAUGCUGAUGGUGAUCCAAUGCGUUGUCGAUGGGCGAGCAGUACGACUGAAUGUGGUCAGGUGUGUCCACCAGGAUCUCUACCGAAUGAUACAAUAAUCUUUCCAAACUGUACAAUUAUUAUUACUGGUACUGUAAUCGGCGAUUUGUUUGCUGUUACUGUCGUGGUUGAAGACUUCAUUAACUCUUCAAGUACAACACCACUUAGUUCCGUCCCUAUUCAAUUUCUUGUUGAAAUUGUCGCUCCACCACCAUGUACAAUACUCCCAGAAGUGUAUGAACUUUCUGAGGCACCUUGCACACCUAUUAUUGUUGGUCAAACGUAUACGUCACAAAUUAUAGCCAUUAAUUAUUGUGGUGCUAAUGUUAAUAUUAGUGAUAUUGUCACAUUGCCAUUUCCUGGUAUGAUUCGAGGUAAUCUUAUUCAAUAUAAUUCAACAGUUUAUUAUGCAACUAUAUCAUGGACACCAACAAUCAAUCAGCUUGGAUAUCAAGUCACGUGUGCCAUGGCUGUCGACAGGACGACAACAACGUCAACAACAACAACGAUAACUACAUCAACAUCAACAUCAACUUCCACAACAACUACCGCAACAACAUCAACAACAACCACUUUACCGUGCAGCUUGGGAAUAUUCAAAGAAAAUGGUCCAUUUGAAUUAUAUCGUAUUGAGCGAUGUAUUAAUCGAGAAUGCCAAUGGCCGUUCGUUACAGAUUCGCCAAACAUCACAUUGCCAGCAAAUGCCGAUAAUGAUCUUGUUCAUGAUAUAUUUAAUGAGCAUUCAAUUAAUUCUACAAUGUACCUUUUAGGAUUAUCGACGUCUAUAGAACCUAAUACCCAUCUUCAAGCGUCGAUGAAAAUGGAUAGUAUAAAAUCUCGGUAUAAAGUAUCUGAACUUAACAUGGACUCAUCUGUGCAGAAAGAGCCCAACAGUGGAACUGUACGAAUGUCUCGAUUAAAAUCAUCGAAAUUGCAAACAUCAGCUAUGUUGAAUAAUGCAUUAAAACCAACAAACGAUGCAAAAUCUAAUGCAGAUCCAAAGAACGGGAUUCGAGUUACUUGCAUGCCUUCACCAUUAUUACCAAUAUGUCUAUCUUCAACUCAAAAUUGUAGUCCAUCGAUUAUUGACAAUACUAUUCGACUAGAUGAAAAUGAUGAAACUCAACCGACUAUUGGUUCAUUAAAACAGAAUAAAGAUAAGAUACAUGUUACACGCAUUCGAUCAAGCCAUCGUAGAUCUGCAUUGGCAUAUCAUCCAUCACAAAUUGAAACAAUUGAAAUACCAUCAAUAAAUCAUACUUCUAAAUUUGAAACAUUAUCGACGGCAACUAUUCGAGUAGAACGUAUUCAUAAAGAGAAGAAACAGUCAAAAUCAAGAAGUGUUGCUCCAUUCGAAUUAAUUUUCAAAGAAAUAACGAACGAGACGAAAGAGCUGCCGGAGAAAAGCACUAAACCUGCUGAAUAG